AUGGCGUCCCGACGGCCUCAAUUCAACCAGCAGGUCCAGGUCGACACGACCCCUCUGCCCGACGACAUCCCCAAGGUCAAGGAGAUCGGUGCUAGCUCCGCGCCCCUGCUGUCCGCAUCCUACUUCAUUGGCGCCCGAUGCCGCGAAUACAAUGACGACUUCAUGCAGUGCAAGACGGAUAGCGCGGGCCGCGGCGAGUUUGACUGCUUGAAGGAGGGUCGUCGGGUCACAAGAUGUGCCUCCAGCGUGCUGAAGGACAUCAACACCCACUGCCUCGAGCAGUUCAAGGCCCACUGGACCUGCAUCGAGAACCGCAACCACCAGCUCUACCAGUGCCGACAGCCUGAGUGGAAGCUCAACAAGUGUGUCUUUGAGAACCUGAAACUCGAGAAGCAUAUCCCCGACCAGCGUCCCGGCGUCACCCCCGUCGAGCUCCGCCCUCACAUGAUCUACGCCGACCAGGCCAUCAACACCCUCGAGGGCAAGCCUUUCAUCCCCCGUCAAAGGCCCAGGGCAGCAAGCAGGCGUCGUAAAAGGUUUGUGUGCGUGUAUGUGUGCGAAGAGCGCUGUGGGAAGACGACUCCCUUCAUCCGGUACAGAUGCCGUGGACAGAGAGAAGUCUGGGCUUUGCGUUGA